GUUUUAUAUUCUCCUCCAUUAGCUAGGGUUCUAAGAUCUUUGAUGAUGAUGAUGAUGAAGGACUCUGGCCUGGAUCAUCAUGUUGAUUAUGAGUAUAAGUCUUCUUGUUCAAGAGGCCAUUGGAGGCCUGCUGAAGAUGAAAAGCUUCGUCAAUUGGUUGACAAAUAUGGUGCCCAGAAUUGGAACUCCAUUGCUCAAAAACUUCAAGGCAGAUCAGGAAAGAGCUGUAGAUUGAGAUGGUUUAAUCAACUCGAUCCUAGAAUUAUUAGAAAGCCGUUUAGUGAAGAAGAAGAGGAAAGACUUUUGGCGGCUCAUCAAAUACAUGGAAACAAAUGGUCACUUAUAGCUAGAUUGUUUCCUGGUCGGACGGAUAAUGCUGUGAAGAAUCAUUGGCAUGUUAUAAUGGCUAGAAAACAAAGAGAACGAUCCAAGCUUUGUGGGAGCAAGAGAACUUUCCAGGAAUUUUCAGCUUCUAACUUUCCCGGGAACCAAACAGAAUCUUUAGGUACUUACAACAUCAACGACAACAACAAUAGUUUCCUCGAACUCCAAAACUCCCACAAAGAUGGAACGGUCUGGAAUUUCAGACACUACUUGAAAGGUUCAAUCGAUAAUAACAUUCCCAUUCUUCAUGAUACUUAUCAUAAGUUAAGAACUCCCUCAUCAGCUCGAGUUUGCUAUCCAAAUCAUAAUAUUCCCUUUGGGGUUUAUGAGUUUGGUAGCAAUAGUGAAGUGAUCAAGAGAGAAUUAGCAUUUGUGAACUUCAUCGCCAACACUGAUCGUCAUCGUCAUUGUCAUCAUCGUCUUCUUCACGAUCAAGAACGACAAGAAGAUGAAUCUCUUACAGACAAGGAUGUUCCUUUCAUAGAUUUCCUCGGAGUCGGAGUUUCUUCAUAGAUCAAAUAUAUUUCUUCUAACAAAUUACUUAUUACAUAAUUUGAU